UGAUUCACCAAUGGAGUACAAGAUGGACCACGAGAGGCGAGGCUUGGCGUUAAUCUUCAACCAGGAAGUCUUUACGCGUAGAUCUUUAAAGAAACGCUGUGGCACAAAUAAAGACAGAGACAACCUCACAGAAAGAUUUCAAGCCUUAGGGUUUGAAGUAAACACUUACAAUGACAAAACUAAGAAGGAGGUGCUAACAGAAUUACGUAAAGCUGCUGCAGCCAACCAUGCAGAUGCUGACUGCUUUGUCUGCAUUUUCUUGACUCAUGGGGAAGAAAGGAAAAUUUCCGCCUACGAUGAUGACAUUCAUAUUAAGGCUAUAACAGAUCUGUUCAGAGGAGAUCAGUGCAAGAGCCUUGUUGGGAAGCCCAAGAUCUUCAUCUUCCAGGCAUGCGCUGGUGAGAAAUAUGAAGAUGCUGUGACCGGCAUGAUGGCAGGGGACAGUGAUGAUGAGGAAGAGGUAGAGGAAGCAGCUAACAUCUACACUGUCCCAGCAGGGGCAGAUUUCCUCAUGUGUUACUCUGUAGCAGAGGGAUUCCGUUCAUUCCGUCAUGUAGAGUCUGGAACGUUCUACAUUCGGGAUUUAUGUGAAACACUGCAAGAGCAUGGCUCAACUAUGGAGUUCACCGAGCUCCUGACACUGGUCAACCUGAAGGUCUCCAGACAUGAAGUCACCUAUAAAGGUGAAAUAAAAAAACAGAUGCCCUGCUUCACCUCUUUGCUGACUAAAAGACUCUACUUUACAUGCAAGAAAUAGUAAAGCACCUACUCCCAGCGCAUUACUCAAUAAACAUUUUUGACUUUUUUUUUUAAUCGACAUUAACUAUGAGAUGACACUUAACAUAACUCCAGGUGUGAGCUAUGAAACCAACCACUAAGCUACCACUAACAACCAUGGAAACAACCAUUGAGUUGACCCAAUCUGUUGGCUGUGACACACGUGCUAAAUGUCCACCUGCUUCCAUCUCUUGGAGUUUCACCUUUAUUUUUGGAAGUAAGGCUGUCUUCUAGGACCAUGAACUACAGGUUUCACUGAUGGGUCUAUCUUGAUCGAAUAGGUUCCUGGAAGGGUACCCACUGCAUUCUUCACCUCAGGAUAUUGGUGAAAAAGUUAUUGUAAGUUUGGAUCCAAUGCAUGCACAUGUUACAAGACGUAGAACUGCACAUGCUUUGCCAGAUAAUGUUGGUUCAUAUGGGCCAUCCACUAUGUAGAACUUUUCUUCAUGUGACUUAUCCUUGUACUGUGUAGGGAAGAACAUAUAACCUUUCGGGAUCAGUCUGUGCUUUGUGUAUGAGAA